UGAGAAUAUUUUAUGUGAGAAAAGGAGGCGGAAAAAAAGAAAGAGAAAAAGUUACUUAAGUGCAAAACCACUAGAAAAUUUAUGAAUUUUUGUUAAAUAUCUUAUCAUUAAACUGAAACUGGGUUUAUAUUUAAAGCCGAAUUUUUAGUUUUUAGAAUAUUGCAAUCAUGAGUUUUACGGAAAAGUUGACCAGUUUGAUGUCGAGGCCUAAUCAACAGCCUGGCCCAUUAGAUGAACAACCAAUGUACAUAAAAUAUGGUGUACGUUUUUUGGGUAUUGUAGGAGCCUUUUUUUGCAUUCUGUUUGGUUUAUUUAAUGCCUUGGCGGUGAUAACAUUUAAUGUUAGUUGUUUAAUUGGUGGCAUUUUGCAAGUAUUAAUCGGGUUCAUAGUGAUGGCAUUGGAAGCUCCUUGUUGCUUUUUUUGUAUAGACCACGUCAAUAAUUUGGCUACUUGGACUGACGCCAGACCAUUAUGGAAUCGGGCGGCAUUUUAUUGUGUACUUGCUCUGUUACCUGUUUUUCUGUGUUUCGGUUUGGGCAGUUUGUUUCCUUGCGCUUUGGUAUUCGGCACUGGCGUACUAUAUGGUAUGAUGGGCUUGGGCAAAAAAGCUUCAAGGGAGGAUAUGGCUGCUGCAGCUACCUCGCCUACACAAAUGCAGGCGGGCAGUGAUGGACAAAUGCCAAUGAGCACCGAUCAGAAUAUAACACUUAUGGAAGAUCCUGAUGUUUGGCGUCCAACAUAAAUUUCUUAAAUUAGUUUCUUUCUGCCUUCUGCUAUGCAUUGCUCAUACACACAUUUCUUCCUCCAUUAUCCCAACACUACAAUACAAACAAGGAAGAAAAAACAUACGUUGUUACAAACGUUGUUGUGUUCAGACUAUGUAACCUCUCCCCAAUAAGAUAGCCAAUUUCUCAAUACUUUUCGAAUAUAUGUAUAUGCAAGGUAACAGGAGUACUUUCAAUUCAAUUUUUAGAAAUAUCAGAAAGAACUUUGAUCUCAAUUUUUUUUAUUUAUUUAUUUUUUUUUUUUCGUUUUGACGAAGUGAAACGCUUGCUUCUGUUUUGAAUCAUAUAAGUAAAAAAAAAUAAAGGAAAAAAAAUUCUGAAAGUUACCACUCCAACCACCAUACAAAGUGUUGCACUACACUUGAAUUUAGUUUUAAUAAUCACUAAAAGGUUAACUUCUAGGUAUUGUAAAAGUGUUUAUUGUUAAAAAAAAAAAAAAAAAAAAAAAAAAA